CAGCAGCAGGUGUGUAUCAGCGUAUGUACAAAUACGCUGCACAGUCUGUCUGCUCACUGAACGCUGUCACACUGCUGUCAGCUUACCAAGCGGAGAUUUUGGAGGAAAUGGGCCGCCAAUUGGAUUCGGGAGCCCCAAACCCACAGCUAUGGGACGAAAUCUGUGUGGUAAAUGACCUCAUCCUGCGCUCCUCCCGCGGAGCAGUGCAGGGCUGCGGGCGCGUCAUGGGCCUGGCAGUCGCGGGAGAGAGGGCUCUGUGGCUUUCACUGUCUGGGCUGAGUGACACUCAAAGAGCUGAGAUUAUGGACGCCACAUACGACCCCACCAAGGGUCUUUUCGGUCCAGCUCUGGAGAAAAUGAGGGAAACCAGCACACAGAGAAAGCAGGAGGGUGAGGCAUUUGACCUCUGUUUGCCUCGAAAGCAGACCCCGCGAGCACAGCCUCGCACCAGUUUCGCCGCCGCGGCUGCAGCAGCGAAAGGGAGACAGGGAGAUGUGAGACCCGCUCAUAGACCAGGCGCCGGUCGCGGCGACCAGCAGCCGAGAGCGGGGAAUAGCAAACCCUGGGGCAAACACUCUUACGCCGCUGUAGCGGCGAAACGCCGCUCUCCCCAACCCCCUGGAGGGGUGAAGAAGCGGUCUGCCUGAUGAGCUAUGCCCAUCAUCACCUGCUCCUUCUCUAGUAAAGAGGAGAAGAGAGGAGUUCAUUGCAACGGUUCCGGUUCGGUUUCAAGCGCCAGCAGCCACGGUCCUCUGCCCCCCGCCAGUUCAGGCAGACGGAGAAGAGAGACGGUCAUGUUUGCACCGCGGUGCGCAGUUAAACAGCCAAGAGCUGUCCCCCCGGGUGUCACCAAGCACUCAAUUUCACGUUCCUAUGUUGACACAAAUAAAGUUGACAGCCGCGCAACCAAGCCAAGAGCCGAGGGCGCGUUGUCCCACACAAAAGGUAUCUACUCAAACACCUGGCAGCCCGGAGAGGGAGGGUCAUACCUCCCCCAAGCCAGAGGAGGGCGCCCUCGCCUUUUUGGAGAGAGGGCCUCUCGCUGCUCAGGCGAAGAAAUGGCGCGCAUGCGCAGUGAAUACAUGGGUAAUGCAUUCUGUUUCCCGAGGAUACAGGAUUCAGUUCGCUAUAAAACCACCGAGAUUCAACGGUGUUGUGAUGUCAGUAACAGAGGGGGAAGCUGCGCAGGUGUUACAGGACGAAAUCGAUUCUCUUUUAUUCAAAAGAGCGAUCAGAAAGGUCCCGAUCGAGGAGAGUCAACAGGGAUUUUACUCCCGUUACUUCCUCAUCCCAAAGAAAGGGGGGUCACUGCGUCCCAUUCUGGAUCUGCGUGUGUUAAACAGUUAUCUGAGGAAAUACACGUUCAGGAUGUUAACAAUCAAAGUGUUAUGCCAGUCUAUUCGCCCCGGAGACUGGUUUGUCACAAUCGAUCUAGCCGAUGCUUAUUUUCACAUAGAGAUAUUCCCUGCACACAGGAAAUUUCUCAGGUUUGCUUACCGAGGCAUAGCCUACGAGUACCGGGUACUCCCGUUUGGUCUCUCGCUGGCUCCACGAGUUUUCAGCAAGUGUAUGGAGGCAGCAUUAUCUCCGUUAAGGAGCAGAGGUAUCAGAAUUUUUUCGUACAUAGACGAUUAUCUGAUAUGCUCUCAUUCACGGGAGCAGGCGCUGAGGGAUAUGGAGACUGUGACGUCUCACCUCCGCGGUCUGGGUUUCAGAAUAAACUGGGCCAAAAGCCGAGUGAUACCCGCUCAGUGCGUAUCCUAUCUGGGCCUCAGUAUAGACUCCCUCAGAUAUCGCGCUACGCUGUCAGGGGAGAGGCGCCAGUCAUUCAAUCAGUGCCUGGCCCGGUUCCGACCGGGGGCAGCGGUGCAGUUCAGACUGUGUCUGCGACUGCUCGGGCUCAUAGCAUCGGUCAUCUCAGUAGUGAGGCUGGGCCUCCUGAUGAUGAGAGACGUGCAGAGAUGGGUGGCAUCAUUAAAACUGUGUCCCCGCCGUCACAUCUCUCGCUCAGUGAUUGUCUCUCCGGAGUGCACGGCAGCUCUCAACCAGUGGAGAAAUCCAGCGAUUUUUUCACAGGGUGUCAGCUUAGGGACAGUAGCGUCUCGGGUUGUCAUAGCAACGGACGCGUCCAUGACAGGCUGGGGAGCGACAUUCAAUGGCAGAGCAGUGAAUGGCACCUGGUCAGCGGAGCUGGCUCAGGCUCACAUAAAUUACCUCGAGUUGAUGGCAGUGUUUCUGGCCUUAAAAUAUUUUCUCCCUUAUCUGAGAGGGCAGCAUGUGCUGGUGAAAUCCGACAACUCCACAGCUGUGGCAUACGUGAAUCGCCAAGGAGGCACACGGUCCCUUCGGCUUCACAAGCUGGCUCGGAGAUUAAUUCUGUGGAGCGCUUCUCGGCUCGGGUCGCUGCGUGCGACGCACAUAGCGGGAGUGUUGAACAGGGGUGCAGAUCUGAUGUCAAGAGGAAACCCUCUGUUCGGGGAAUGGAAGCUCCAUCCCCAAGUAGUGAGCCAGCUGUGGCAGAUAUACGGACAGGCUGCCGUAGAUCUGUUCGCCUCGCGGGAAAACGCGCAAUGUCAGCUGUAUUUCUCACUGACAGAAGAGGAUGCACCGUUGGGUGUAGAUGCACUGGCACACCCAUGGCCAAACGUCCUGCUGUAUGCAUUUCCCCCUCUCAGUCUGAUCUCCCCCACUCUGACCAGAGUGAGAGAACAGAGCCUGUCACUGAUUUUGAUAGCCCCGCGGUGGACGUCCAAACACUGGGUGGCGGAGAUAGUGCAGUUACUAUCAGGCCAACCCUGGCCUCUGCCGCUGCGCAGGGAUCUCUUGUCCCAGGCCAGGGGGGAGAUUUACCACCCCCAUCCAGAGCAGGUGGCUCUCUGGGCCUGGCCCGUGAGAGGUUAAAUUUGGGGGCAGCUGGACUGCCUCCCAAUGUCAUCGACACUAUUCAGUGUGCUAGAGCUUCAUCCACUCGCUCAUUGUACAGUUCUAAGUGGCGAGUGUUUGAGGAGUGGUGUGAGGCCAGAGGUAUUGUUUCUUUUCAGUGCUCAGUGAGAGACAUUCUCUGUUUUCUCCAAGACCUAUUGGAGAAAGGUAGAGCUUUUUCCACAAU